GACUCGGCUUAUAUCAGAGACUGGUUUAGUCGCCGUCGGUAUUGUCCAGAGUGAAGAUCGACGAAAUGCGUCUUUUAAACAAAUCGAAUCCGCUGCAUGUCGAUAAAGAUUCGUCUUCGCAAAUGGUCGACAUUCCAAUCGAUUCAUCAUGUUCCGUUGAGUUGACAGAUGCAGGCGAAACAUCCGACAAAUGUAAAAUAAAGCCAGCUGUGCGCAGCCACUCAAACUUUUACAGACAAUGUAAACGUAUCAUUCUGGCUGUGGUGGGAUCCAUUUUACUAAUUGAAAUCUUAAUAAGGCUUAUGUUCUUUCUACUGUUAAUGUAUAAUGCUGAUAAUACUGUAGUUCCGUUCAACCGGCAUCGCACACGGAACGCAAACAGGCGGUUGACUUGGACUAUACUUUCGGUAAAAGAUCAACGUCGGAAGCGGAAGAAGUGAUCGAUGAGAACCCAUCUUUUGGCGAUCAGACGGAGCUCGCGGACCGGAUAACACAAGCCGUGGGAAGCGAUGCGUUUUCGACGAUAAAUGGCGCAGACGUCGGAGCGCGUUUCAAACGAGAGACAUCGCGCGCGAGAAGGGAUUGCGAUCAAAACGCGGAAAAAUGCAAAAUGCUGUUGCAGACCGUGCAGAGCUACCUCGUGACCUUGUCUCAGAACAAUGGAAACACCGAGUUUGUCAACAGGGAUAUUCUGAAUUGUCUGCGUUGCAAAAAUAUGCAGCUGGCUAUCACGAAUGCAGCCGACAAAGAAUCCGCGCCGCAAUCGAAGGAUCAGUAUUUCCCGCACGAUUACGCCGAGCAGAAUCGCUCGGGCGAUUCCGGCUUCACCGAUAUCAAACUGUUGGAUGACCCGAGGGCCAAAAGCGGUCCGAAGCAGACGGAAGUUAAUCGAACGGAAGCAUCGGAAAUCCAAAUGGCGAAAAUAGAUUCGGUUCAGAGCGAAAUGUCACAGAAUGCGAAUGAAUCGUUGAAAAAAAUCAGCGAAACCACCACCGUAUCGGUUGAUCAUAUCAGCUUUAACGUCACUGGCAAUAAUGAAAAUUCGACGGCGAGCGUGAACGUCGAACAGCCGGGCGAUAAAUCAGUCGCAAACGGCUCGCUCAUAAAAGUCCAAAGUAACGAGAGCAUUCCUACUGCAUCAUACAUAGACCGAGAACACGGUGCAAUAGCUGCGAGCAAAGGCGCCUCGAGUAGCAUUAUUCUUUUGCAGAUUUCGACAACGGAGCCAAGUGUUACAACCACGCAAUAUAGUGCGAUUACCAAUAUAGUGAAUGAUGCAAUAUCCACGGCAGCCACAAUCGUGACCGACACGACGGGAUCAACGGAGGCGAGCGCACGUAAAUUUACCGAUCUUGCAAAUCACACCGCGAUUACUGAAAACGUGACGAGUGUGUCGGCAGGAUACGACGUGACCGGAAUCGGCAAUGACGACGGCGCACUACCUCCCUCGAUGCAUCCUCCGUUCGAGAAUCACUCGGAAAAUCAAUCUGCUGCGAGCAUGAAUGACGCAAAUUAUCGAGCUCCCGACAACGACCCAAAAUUACACGAACGACGGCCGACCGAAAAUUAUGACACGGUGAACGACGGCAAACCCAGCCAGGCAGCCACGGAGAGCACGAAGUCUUCUGAGCAGGUUACUUCCACGUGGCCACAGCCGGUCUGCUUCUGGGGCAAUCCUAGCCAGUUUAUCAGUGAGCCAUCAUCUUCAACACCUUACACAGACGCGUUCAAUUUUUCCCCGUCGCAAAGUGACGGAAUGCUGUUCCAAGAUCAACUUCAGCAAGACUCCUCACAGCCGAAAAACAUACAAAUGGUGAACACAGUGCAGUUUAUGCAGAGAACACAGGGACAGAGCGUCGAUCCUGCAGGAGCUACCACGCCGAGCGCACCGAUCUUCUCCUUGAAUCAGCAACCGACCACGAUGAGCGAACAGCCGACAAUGACAGCCCGGCAGCAGUCGUCAACGAUAUUCCGACAGCCGAUCGCCGGCAUGCCAUACUUUUGUGCUUAUAUGACAAUGCCGAAUUUUGGCUUUCCGCCUGGCGUGUCGCAGUCCGAUUACGAAGUGAAGAAUCUGUCAAAACAGCCGUUGUUUGGAAAGGACACCAGUAGCACAUGGAAAGACUAUCCAGCGUAUUUUGCGUUCAAUAAGUGCCCCAAAAAUUAUCAUCAGUGCAAUGAUCUGCAAUGCAUCCCGAAAAGAAAGUGGUGCGAUGGUCACGUUGAUUGCAUGGACGUCAGCGACGAGACGAGGUGCUCCUGCAGAGACCGAAUAUCACACGAACGACUCUGCGACGGUUAUUUCGAUUGUCCACAUGGAGAGGACGAACUCGGCUGUUUUGACUGCCCGGUGGACUCUUUUAGUUGUGAAGAUUGGGAGAAACGUUACAGCCGCGAUAAUUGCGUGCCACUUUCGCAACGCUGCGACGGGAUUUAUCAGUGUCCUAAUGGAAAGGACGAGCAGAACUGCAAUAUACUUGCGGAAUCGUUGAUGUUGAGUCAAGAAGAUACAUUUACGGUUGGUUUCACGCAAGGAUAUCUGCACAAAAAUGUAAAAGGACAAUGGUAUCCCGUCUGUUCCAUCUCAUCUUCUUGGGCCGUAGAUGCUUGCCAGUCGGAAUCUGACCAACCUCUAACGACGAUGCCGAAAAUAGACACUGUUCAUUUUUCCGACACCUUUAAAGGUUCUUACGUAAAAGAAUCAGGCAAUCAGAUAGAACUUGUGAAUGACGCGCAGUGCUCGGAUACAGCAAUAUUCGUGAGAUGUCCGUCCUUACCUUGCGGUACCAGAAUAUCAUCCCGUGCGAAUUUCUCCUUUAAUCGCAACAUAACGAGCAAUAAGAUACACAAAAGACAUAUGAACGAGCAAGACGAGGAAGCUGCAAUUUUUAAGAAACACUAUCAAGAAAUACUGGAGCUGUUCAUCGCAGAAAAUCCCAAAGAGCCCACGGAAUCCGAGGAGAAAAAUCAAAAUAACGACGACGUUAGAUUGCAAUCGCGAGUAGUCGGCGGUCGUGCGAGUCAGCCCACAGCCUGGCCCUCCCUGGUCGCUAUUUAUCGGGACGGGCAUUUCCAUUGCGGUGGUGUUAUCAUCACCGAGUUUUACGUACUCACCGCGGCUCACUGCAUGGAAGAAUACCAGACACAUUAUUUCGAAGUACAAGCCGGCAUACUUAGGCGAUUUUCGUUUUCGCCGACGGCUCAGUCGAGGGUGGCAAAAUACGUGAUUAUUUACUCUAGCUUUGAAAAUCGGCAUAUGCAGAACGACGUUGCGAUAAUUAUGCUGGACCGUCCUUUCCUUUUUAAUCGCUGGGUCCGUCAAAUUUGCUUACCGAAUUUAAGCACCGCGGGUAAUGAUUGGGCAAAAGGCCCGAUGCCGCAAUCCAAAUGUAUCGCUAUUGGAUGGGGAGCCACGAAAGAAUAUGGACCGGAUCCGGAUAAUUUACGAGAAGUGGAAGUGCCGAUUUUGCCGAACUGUAAGCGUGUAAUCGAUCAGAACAGCGCCACAAUUUGCGCUGGAUUUUAUGAAGGCGGCUACGAUGCAUGCCAGGGUGACAGCGGCGGUCCUUUAAUGUGCAGAAAUCCAAAUUUGGAAUCGCAGUGGUAUGUGGCCGGUAUAAUCAGCCACGGCGAAGGAUGCGCGCGUCCAAAUGAACCAGGUGUCUACAUGAAAGUGAGUUAUUUCAUGGAUUGGAUUCGGCAAAUCAUUUUGAUAUUAGAAAAUUCCUCAGACCUUCAAGGAAAUAAACCCUUGAGUAGUUGUCCGGGAUUCAGCUGUCAAACGGGAAAGUGCUUGCCGAGGGAGAAACGUUGCGAUCGUGUUAUAGAUUGUUUAGAUGGAGAAGACGAAUUGUUAUGUGGCGCAGAUUACGCCAGAAAGUCAAAUACAGAUGACAAAAUGAUAAAAUCGCAGGCAGACGAAGUAUCCGGCGCUACUAUUGAAAAUUCAGCGAGGACAGAAGCAAUUCCCAUUUCUCCCGACACUCGAUUCUUCUAUGAGAUCAAAAUACAGACUGACGGCGAUGAAAUUCCAGAUUCUACAAGCGUCGACACGACGACGCCGGAAAUUAUGCCGAAUAUUAAAUUAACAUUUACAUGCAAAAGCUUGAUUCAAACCAUAACAAUUAACAAGAGAUGCGACAAACAUUUGGAUUGUGAAGACGGCACCGACGAAGAAGACUGCACGUGCAGAGAUUAUCUCUUGAACUUCCGACCAACGGCAAUUUGCGACGGGCACAUCGAUUGCGCCGACGAAACGGAUGAAACAUAUUGCGACAUUUGCCAAGAGGACGAGUUUCACUGCAGCAGAAGCGGAAAGUGCAUUCCGAUAACGAAGAAGUGCAACACAGAGUACGAUUGUCCUCUGAACGAGGACGAGAUUGAUUGCCUUGCACUGACGGAUGGAGAAUUCAUAAAUUUGGAUAACGAUAAACGGCCAGUUUUAAACAUAGAAGGUUUACUCAGCAGACACUACAAGGGAACGUGGUAUACACAGUGUCUUUCACCAGACAUUUUGGAUAACAUUACCACAACGUCGACAAUCGGACGGAACUUAUGCGUCUAUCUUGGUUUCGCAAACAUACAGUCAGUAGAUAAGGUCGCUGUGAACAAGACAAUGCUGAAAGCAAAAUAUUGGAGAAGCUCUACAACACCUUCGGAUUACGAAACGGAGCUGUCGAACCGCGUCGAAGCGAGUGUCGAAGAAACGUGCACGACGUUACGUAUUCGCUGCAGACCGGUUUUGAGCAGCAGCGCCGACUCGUAUCUGAUCGUCGAUCCGAGAACCGGAAACCAUAUCUACCAGUGGCCAUGGCUGGCUGCCAUCUUCGUAGACGGCCGUUAUCGUUGCUUGGCUUUACUCCUGGAACCGGAUUGGCUCCUGUCUAGUUCGAGCUGCACGGAAGGCAUCAGAUUAUCGGUGAACUACACGACAGCUGUGCUUGGCCAAAGCCGCUCGUAUCUCUACGUCGACGGACCUUAUCAACAAAUACACGUCGUCGACGAAAUCAUAGACGUGAAAACAUCGGACGUCUCGUUACUCCACUUGAAAACUACAGUGAAUAUCACCCGUUAUGUGCAGCCAUUGUUUUUAGAAAAGAAGAUUUAUCCGCCGGCCGAAAAUGAUGUAUGCGUGGCUGUCGGCAUAGACAAGCAACAGGUGACACAAUCAAUCUUCCUGCAACCGAUCCUUGAAAACUGCGAUAAGUGUUAUCGCUGUUUCAUUGAAGCUACAGGUUCCAAGUGUCCGGACAAUGAAACUUCCUCGGAUUGGAGCGGAACGGUGUUCUGUCGCAGCGAGACAGCAUGGUAUCCCGCAGCUGUGUUUUACAAAAAUGAUUUAUGCAGCUUCCAAGGCGUGCGGAACUUGACGAGCAUCGAUUACAUCCAGGCUUUCCUCACGCAAGCUUUGGAGAAAAAGCUGAAGCCGAUACCUGAAGCCAUUUGUGACGGUGUUCGAUGUGCUAUCGGACAAUGCAUUCCUUGGAAUCAAGUAUGUGAUGGUAUGAUGGAUUGCCGUGAUGGUGCGGAUGAAACAAACGCGAUGUGUUUACGUGUAACGCAACAGGCUAGAAGCAGCAACGUGGAUAAUUUCAAAUGCAAGAAAUCGCAGAUACAGUGUGGGAAUGGCGAAUGCAUUUCGAAGAGUGAAUUCUGCGACGAUAAAGUCGAUUGCGCGGACGGAACGGAUGAACCUUUCAAGUGCACCUGUGCGGAAUAUCUAAGACUGACCCAACCGGAACGAUUGUGUGACAAUGUACGACACUGUCUGGAUAAAAGCGACGAGUCACCAGAAAUGUGUCGCUGCACAGAAGCCAGUUUUAAAUGCAACAGCGAAAACAACGAUACUAUUUGUAUCUCGCAAGAUUUCGUGUGCGACGGCGACAACGAUUGUCCGAAUGGCGAAGACGAGAUCGAAUGCAGAAAGUUGGAAGAAUCUGCGGAGGGAUCUAAUGCGGGUGAAGUGAUGCAACGAUCCUACGGUGUGUGGCACUCUCAGUGCUUUCCAUCGCCCGUGGAAUCACAAGAAGAAAUAAAAAUGAUAUGCCAAAAGAUGAACUAUACAGACGGUAUAAUCGAUCAUAAAAACCAAACUUCGAGUGAGCCUGUUGUUCCGCUUCGCGAUGAUUUCUAUAUGGUAAGAUUAAAUCCAGGCAUGUGGGUGACCAUGCGUGACGAUAAACCGCUUAUAUCUUUGGUCCAGCCAGAAGAACCCUGUUAUCGUCUCUUCGUUAAAUGCAUAUAAUCGUCAAGUGUUAAUGCGUUGCUCGUAGAUUAAGUAAAGCAGUCUCAUUAAAACGAUUUGAUCUCUAAUUUCAUCUUGUUUACGAUAAUUAAACUUAAUAGAUCUUUGUCAUCGUUAAGCUAUAUGUACAUUGUUUAAGAUUAAUUUAUAGAAUUGUGAUAAGAUCAUGAUGUACCAAGUCAGCAAUUGUAUCAGUAUUUUUAUCGAAUCGUAUAUCAAUACCGUUUAUCUUGAAUUUAAUAAAUAAGUUCAUUAUUU